AAUAUGGGUAGGCCUAAAACCCCUAAACAAUUUGAAGAGUUGAAGAAACAGAUCCAGGACAAAUCAGUGGAUCCAGCAACGUAUCUCCCCCAGAUACUUGAAGAAAUCAAGAAAGAUGACAGCGCAAUCCUGAAGGAAUGCCGGUUGGAACUCAGGGACGCUGUGAUCGACCGAGUCAAGGCAGCGAAAAACAAGCACGAGAAAAUCAUGAUUGAGCUAUGCAUCGAAUACAUGAGGAAAAAGAAGGAGAUAUACUACGAAAAGGCAAGGCCGAUAUUUAGAGAGAAAUUUGUGGUAAAAUGGAAGGGUCAUGAGGAUGCCUUGGAGCAGAUGAUUGAAUUCUUGGAAGAGCCUAUCGAAUGGGCACCGACUGAAAGCGAGAAGGAAGCUGAAGAGAAGCAUGUGUCUUGGGCCAACUCGGGAGGUGCCCUCAAGUAUGCCGUCGAGGAAAUGAUCAAAGCGUGCAAUCGUGACAAGAUCAUCAAGAAAAUGGCGCCCUCCUUUAUAAGGCUUUUAUCAUCAGCCAUAAGGAGCAGUUCAGAUAUGCACAUUGCCGUUGCCAUCGCUAUUACCAGCAGCACACGCGAUCUGACGUGGGAGGGCCAGGAAAAGUUGAUUCCGGAUGUUCUAGAUGCUUUCGACAAGUUUCUGCGCGGGGACGUCAUUGACUUGGAACAAAACCGAGAUCACAAAGAUGUCACGAACUACAUUAUGAAUCAUGAUAUGCUUAAAAAUGCAGGGAAAGAGAGCGUCCCUCAACUGAUAAGUAUCAUGGAAUUCUGCUUUAGCCAGGAGCUUGAAGGCGAGCGAGACCCACUAUCUCUACAUGGAGAAAUUCUACGUAGCAUCAUUAGUAAUUUCAUCACGAGCGACAAUGAAAAGGUCAAGGUCUUCAAGGACCUUUUGCCAUACGUGGUGAAUGCACUCUCCUGUGGUGUCGAUGACUUGGAAAAGCUGGCUGGGAAUGCCAUAGGGUCUAAGCACAAUCACGGGGAACUGCUGGCUCCAUACGGGAAUGACAUAGCAGAUGCAUAUCUGGACGAUAAGUGCGAAGGAACAGCAGUUGGAAUGUCACUGAAAAGUAUAUUCCAGUACAAACCGGAAGUGAUCCUUACCAGAAUAGACCGGAUUUUCGUGAAGAUGGAAAGCAUGGGAAGCCGUGACAAGACGUUUCUCUACAUGAUUUUGGGUGACGUAGCGAAGAACAACUCAGAACUUUUCGUACCUCAUAUUGACUUGAUGUUUGAAGAUGUUUGUGAUCCGGGGCUUUCAACCACGUGCUUCAUGACUCUUGCAAGUCUCUCCAUUGAUCACGCCAAACACUUCGUCAAACACAUAGACAGGUGUCUGAAAGCCUGGGACCUCGCCCCGCAUAUCGUAUCUUACGCCUCCAGAAUAAUUGCCAGCGUUGGACGAGUUAACAAGAAACACGCCGAGAGUUGUUUGAGGAUCCUUUCUGAGAGAGUGAAAACCGUAGAUGCCAUAUGGAUCUGCGGCAUAUUAAUGGAGAUGAAAAGGAUAGGCGAGGCGUACAAGGAAUGUCUUGCCGUGUAUCGACCACAGAUUGAGAAACUCAAGACCUGUCAACAGAUGGGUGUACCGGACACGGUCCAGUCCAUAAUAGAUUUCCUUGAUGACAGAAGUCUUCAGGGUCUAAGUGAAGAAGUGGCAGAGCAACGAGAGGACAUCGAUAACUUGGAUUCUCGAGUGACGAGCAACGAAAACGAAAUUACGAGAAUCGACGAGACCGUGGCCCAACAGGGUGACGAGAUCCAGAACGUGAAGAACGAAGUUACCGAGCAGGGCGAGAGGCUGGAUGAGCUUAAAGAAGUCGUAGAUGAAACAGUUGAGAAGGUGGAAGAGCUUGACCACAAGACUAUCACUAAUGCACCGAAAUGGUCACGUGACGUAUCAAAGCUGUUGAACCCAGAGCACGAACAUGACUGGAGAUUCUUGGCAGUUCGUCUCGGCUACUCGGGUGAAGACAUCCGUAACUGGGCCCUGUCACCAGAUCCUACCAUGGCCAUCCUGGCAGAGUGGUACACAACUCACAAGAGCAGCGACGCCACCUACGCCAUACUCAGUGCCCUUGAGGACAUGGGUAGGACUGAUGCUGCAGAAAUCAUCACAAAGUCACUGGGAGAAGCAGAACUGCUCGUGCCUCAGGCGCCACCGGAUGAGUCGGAGAACCCCCCGACAGUAUUCCUCAGCUAUCAAUGGGAUCAUCAGUCAGAGGUGAAAGCCAUCAGAAAGCAUCUUGAGAUGGCCGGGUUUCCCUGCUGGAUGGACAUCGGUCAGAUGGGUGGAGGAGAUCAGUUGUUCGCCAAGAUCAGCCAGGGAAUGCGGACAUCCAAGGUGGUACUGUGUAUGGUGACCGAGAAAUACUCUAACUCGGAGAAUUGCAAUAAGGAGGUGAACCUUGCCAACCUGUUGAACAAACCAAUCAUCCCUAUUCUCAUUGACCAGACCCAGUGGCCGCCUCAAGGUGCCAUGAGUAUGUUAUUCGCGCAGCUUUUAUACAUCCAGUUUUACAACAACAGGGAAUACGUGAGAGGAGAGAAAUUCUGGGAGGACGCCAAGUUCUCGGAACUUUUGGGACAGAUUUCCUAUCAUGCGAAUCCUGAUGAAAGCAUGGUUGCUGAUGAAUAUCGAGACUGGAUUCCACAAGUUGAAGAUAAACCCGUCACUGUUAAAAAGGUUCCGGAAGAGUCCAGAAGUGCACCUGUCCAGCAGAACCAACCCGUGGAAUCCACGGAAGCUCCGUCUGUAUUCAUCUCCUACCAAUGGGACAAGCAACCUGAGAUUAAAAGGUUGUUCUCGCGUCUUACGAGCUUGGGAUACCAUUGCUGGCUCGACAUCAACCAAAUGGGUGGUGGGGAUCCCCUCUACUCCAAGAUUGACAAAGGAGUGAGAAAUGCGAAGGUCAUCAUAUCCUGUGUCACAUCCAAGUACUCAAUCUCUGCCAACUGCAGAAGGGAGGUCAGUCUCUCCGAUGCACUCCGUAAACCCAUUAUUCCUCUCCUGUUUGAAGAAAUGACAUGGCCACCAGAAGGGCCGAUGAGUAUGACCUUUACUCAGCUUCUCUACAUUGACUUCACCGAGGAAACAACUCAGGCUUCCUUUGAUGAUGAAAAGUUCGACGAACUCAUCGAUAAGAUUAAGGAACAUGCCGAGCCGACACUUCAGCUAGUGCCUGCCGACGAACAGACGGAGGUAGAGAAGACGAUUCAAGAACAAUCGUCAAUAUCUGCACUUAGGAAAGAAGGGCUAGCUGAGGAGAGUGAGAUAAGAGACACAUCAUCCCUCGUUGAUGACAUUAAAAAUGACCCCAAGUCUACCGAUGCAGCUCCCAUAUCGGUUGAGCGAAGUGCCACUCCUCAAGAAUUUCCACCCACAUACUCAGUUUCCCAGCAGCAGAAUAGCCCAGCUGACACAAAAGCUGUUGAAGCAGUUCCUGUAGCUGUUGAAAGAAGUGCCACUAUUGAGGUCUCCCCAGCAACAGACGCAGUUCCUCUGCAUCAGAACAGUCCAGAUAACACCAAGCCUGUUGAGGCAGCUCCUGUAGUUCUUGAGAAAAGUGCAACCCCUCAAGUAUCCCCAGCAAUCGAAACAGUUAUUCCCCAGCUUAACGGUCCAGCUAAACAGUCAGCUACAGAACAACCGCUCCAAAUGCAGUAUCGUAACUCACCUGAAAAAACAUCUUCUCGUCCUUCAUCUGAACAGAAAAACAAGAAAUCGUCAACCUGUGUGGUUAUUUGACGGCUUUUAUUACUUUCGGGACUGGUUUUGUGUCAAUCUAAUGUGUUUUUAACAAACUUUUGUGAUUUAUCACAACAUAUUUGUUAAAGGUCAAGUCCACCUCAGAAAAAUGUUGAUUUGAAUCAAUAGAGAAAAAUCAG